ACCUAAUGAACGUAUCCGCUAGUAUACUUGUAUGCCAACCUCUCACAAUUACUUCGUAACUGGUGGGUACAGUUCUUGACAAGUGUCUUAACUCAUUCGCAGUUCAGUCGAGAAGCGAGCGAGACAAGUGUUUUUAUCUCGUACGAGUAUAUUAUUAACGUAUUAGCUAUGGGUCUCGAAGAGGAAGUUCCGCUUAAUUAUCAUCUCGGACAUUUAGCGUUUGACAAUUUUCGUCGUCACGAAAAUAUUGUUUUUCAGAUCGAUGCAGCGACAGGUGAAGAAGAGAGCUACGGAUCAGUAUUGAAUCGCUCCAUCAGAUUAGCGCAAGCGCUGAGAGCGUUUGGUCUGAGCCCGGGAGAUGUCGUCGCUAUAAGCGGACCCAACCAUUUGGACCUUUGCAUACCGUUUUACGCAGCACUGUUUAACGGUUUACCAAUUGUUGGCGUCGAUCCCUAUUUUAAAUAUGAGGAAGUGCGGGCGCUUUUAAAAUUAACGAGUCCAAGAAUAGCGUUUUGCCAAAAUGAAUCCCACGACGUUUACGCGAAGGCUGCAGCGGACCUCGGGCUGGAUGUUAAACUGGUGACUUUUGACGAAGGAGAGUGCACCAUGCAAAAGUUUUUAGAGAUGUACUACAGACAAGGGUCCGAGGAUGAUUUUGAGAUAGCAGACUUUGACCAAGAGAAAAUAUACGCCUUCCUCGUUAGCACCAGUGGCACUUCGGGCAAAGUGAAAUUCGCUGCGAUCAAGCACCGGCCGGUGCUGCUCAAACAGUUAUGGCUCAAGCAAUUGCAGUACAAAUCAACCAGCCAAGAACGGAAAGAAUCGACCAAGAAGAUUUUGGCUCUGUCACCAGUUAACUGGAUAUCCAAAUAUGUCACGUUGACAAUGUCUACAGUCGAAGGCCUCACUCUACUGCAGACUUCUAUACCAGACAACUUGGACCAUGUUAUAGACAUUAUAAACAAGUAUAAACCUGAAUCAACUUUAUUCAGUCCCGCAAUGAUUGCAUGUCUGCUAGCAAGGAAAGAUGAAGUCGAUCUAACUUGUUUCGAAAGCAUUUCUGUUGCGGGAUCUAAGAUAUAUCUUGAUGUUCUUACAGAAUUUAAGAAACUCCUAGACAAAAAGUGUAUGAUUAUAGAAGCUUAUGGUCAAACCGAAAUGCUUGGGCCAAUCCUGGCGUUCAGCCCAUUCGCUCCGCCUGGCAGUUGUGGAGUACCUGUAGACAUGUACAGUAUAAAGUUGGUGAAUCCAGACACUGGUGAAGAAAUAAAAGAGGCGAACGUGACAGGCGAAAUUUGGGCUAAAGGGCUUAGCUUCUCGGAAUACUACAAAGACCCGGAGGAAACUGCCCAGGCGUUCACUGAAGAUGGCUACUUCAAAACGGGAGAUUUACUGUAUCGCGACCAAAACAACAACUAUUACUUUGUGGACAGAAUUAAAAUGUUAAUUAAGUACAGAAAUUCACACGUAUUACCGACAGAGUUAGAGGAAGUAAUACAGAAACAUCCAGGGGUGAAAGAGGUUUGUGUUGUGGGUAUCGAUGAUCCCGUCGAUGGCCAGAGACCGCUGGCUUGCGUCGUUAGACAAAAGGGAUCUGACGUGACGGCACAGGAGAUCCAGGAAUUGGUAGCAAGUAAUCUUUCGUCAAAAAAGGAACUUCGCGGAGGCGUAAUAUUCUGUGAAAGUCUACCAUACACGUCUUCAGAGAAGCUUUGUAGAAGUAAAAUCAAAGAGAUGGCUCUAAGAAUACUGAACAACAGUUAAUGUCUACAGUAGUCUCAAUAGUUUAACUGGUGGUGGACUGACAUUCAAUUCGCCUGAUUAGCUUCGAUUCAAAUGACCCAUGGACUAUUGUCAUACAAUUAGUAUUUUUAGUAAAUUGGUAUACAAUAGUCCAAAUUAGUAUUACUUUCCGUUUAGUUAAAUAAGAAUUAUUAAUUAUAAAAGUACAAGUAACCAUUAAAAUAUAAGAUAUUUAAGUAUAAUCUUUAAUAUAUGAGUAAGCAAAACAUUUUGAGAGAUUAAAAUAAUUGUACCUAAUAGUAGUAUUCUUAAUAUAUUCAAAAUAGUA